AGCCUUUAUUUAUGCACUAAGGGAAAAUAGAUAAUAAUAAUAAUAAUCCAUAUUAUGUUUAGAUAUUCUAUUGAUCGUUAGUCUAUAAAGUUAUGAAUCAAUGAAAAUAGAGCUCUAGAGAAAAUAUCACAUUCGUUUUUCUUUUAUCACUUGUUCCGAUUUAACAGUACGGAUGCAUCGAUCAUCAUUAUUGAGGAAAAAAAAAAGAUUUUAUUUAAGUUCUAUGCAUUAUAUAUCGAAUCGUGCGUGAAGAUCCCAAGAUUGAAAAGCGAGUAUAUAAGAAAAGCUCUCGAGAUAAAAAAUAUGUUGUUUAUUGUAUUUUUUGAUCGGCACUUUCAAUGGAUUUAUUUUAAGACUGAACUAAUUACAAAUCAUAAGGUCAUCUUAAUAUUAAUAAUCUCUAUUAAUAAAUUGUAUAUAAAAAUCGAAAUCUAGCUUUUUUAUAUUUUUAUUUUAUAGAUUGAGUUAUUAUAUCGUUGCUUGUUCGUGUCAUGUCAAUUUCAUUAAAUUCUGUUGAUUGUUCAUGUUUAACAAAUGCGUAGCUUAAUAAUCUCAUUUAACACUAUUUAAUAUAUACAACAAAUGACUUUGCUUUAUGGUUAAAUAAAAUCGCUAAAUAAAAAACAAUAUUUAUCAUCAUCAACAAUUGAAUUUAUUCAAUCGUGUAUCAUAGCUGAUACAAUAAAUAUUCAAAACCAACAAAUAUUUAAUAAAUUCUUAUCAAUUAAAAUCUAUAUUAUUUUCCGAUGAAAAUAUAUUUUAAAAAAAUGUCAUUUAAUAUUUAUUUAUAAAUAUUUUAAUCAAAAUCAAUGGAACAAAUUUUGUACUAUGCUUAUACUUCGAUUAUUUCUUGAAAAUAAAUCAAUAAAAAUAAUUUAUAUGGAUAUAAAUGUAAGUUUAUUUUAUUUUAAUUAUUUUAAUUAUAAUUAUUGUUGUUUAAAUGAAAAAUAUUUUGUUCAACGAAAUAACUUAUUUGAAAAUUUCUUUUUUUAAACCAAUAUUCUCAUUUAGAAAAAUUUGAAGAUCAAUUAAAUUUUAUUGAAAACAAUCAAAAAUUGUUUCAAAUAUUAAUUAUUGAUGAUUUCUUUUUCACUAACUAAACCACAUUUAAGUCUUGAUAGACGUAUAAAAGGCAAAAAUUCUUCAAUUAACAUAUUGUUUGAAUCACCUUACACGGAAACAAUCAAUAUUAAUUCUCAAUGAAAUUAUUUUUUGAAUACAGAAAAACGAAGAAAAAAUCAUCAAGAAAAUUUUCUUAUGAUAUAUAAUAUAGUUUUGAUUCAUUUCAUGCUGAUAAAUAUAUUUUAUUUCGAUCAUUAACAACAAUUGAAAAACAUAUUUAUGUUAGUGAUCUUAAUAAGAAAAAUCAUGAUAGGCAUUCAAAAUUUGAUCUUUUUGAUUGA